AUGGAUUCUUCUCUUCUUCCUCUUCCUCAAUGGUCCGAUCUUCCUUUAGACCUCCUUGAGUUGAUCUCCGAUCGCGUUAACGACGACUCAUCUGACACCGCUGAUCUCCUCUGUCUCCGCUCUGUAUGUGCCACGUGGCGUCUCUCUCUUCCUCUCUCCCAUAAAAACAAUAACUUUUUGUCUAAAUUUCCAACUUUGCUCCCUUUCUGGUCAUCUUCUUCUUCUUCAUCCUCUGGUUUCUUCAUUCUGAAGCAAAGCAGUGUUUACAAACUCGAAGCUCUAGAUAAGACUUCGAAUCCGACCAGCUGGUUGGUGAAGCUUCAGGAGACAUCUCCAGGGAAAAUGCGAGUCUUGGAUCUCUUCUCAAACGACAGAAUCAGUUUCCUACCGGAAUCUUUCCCGGAAAAGAUCGAUUUGCAGGAAUCUCAUGUGAGAUUGGUUCGUAGAGCUUACCGUAUGGAAUACGCAAACAAUGGUGGUGGCGAGAUGUCGUCUUUCUGGUCACUGAAUUCAGACAAAGUUGUGAUUCUGUCUUCAGGGGAACACUCUGCGGUAAUGGCGAUUCACAGUGGUGGGAAAUUAGGGUUCUUGAAAAGGGGAAACGAAGAGAGAUGGAGGAUUCUGGAUAAUUCGUGGAAUGUGAUUUAUGAGGACAUAAUGGUGUACGAAGAUAAUUGCAUCGUUGUGGACGAUAAGGGCAAAACCGUAAUUUACGAUGUGGAUUUCAAGGUUUCUGAUUUGGCUGAGGGUUUAGCUGGAGGAGGCGGUCACAAGAAGCAUCUCGUGGAAUAUUCCGGCGGAGAAGUUCUGCUUGUGGACAAGUACGUGAAACACGUUUGGUGCAAAUCGGAGUUUUCGAAAUCUGCGGUGGAGUUUAGAGUGUAUAAGCUGAACAGAGAAGAGAAGAGAUGGGAAGAGGUGAGAGAAUUAGGUGAUGCGGCUCUGUUCUUAGGAGAAGAUUGUUCUUUCUCCGUUCAGAUUCCGGCCGGAGAUUUGGCCGGAGGUUGUAUAUUCUACAGAGAUUAUAGGAAUGGAGGAAGAAGCAGAGGGAGUCGCAGUGACGGUGAUGGCGUUUUCAAUGUGGAAUACGAGAUGCAAGGUGAUCUUGUGUUUUCAUAUAAAGCCCAAAUGUUUAAGCCCAUAAUAUAA